GCUAGAUCAUCAAGCCUUGAAGGCUCUUUGAAGUACAAGAACAUUUUUGGAUAUGGAGAUAUCUGGGACGGGUCUCUUGCUUAUGGCUGUGAUCACUCUGCAGAGGUCGGCUUGGGUAUGUAUUUACCAAGGUUCAGAGGGCGUCCGACUCCAUUUACGUCGCGGGUUUACCUUUCUACCCAAGAGUGGCUUAAGUUUUCGUCUUAUAAAGAACGUGCUCUUGGUCUUUCCCUCGGGCUUAUUGCUAGCAAGUAUCAUGAGCUGGUCUACACUACUGCAUGGCGUAACCUGGUUGACCCAUCGCAAAUGGCAUCAACAUCAAUUAGGAGACAGCUGGGUCAUAAUUUGGUUUCUGCUCUGAAGUACACUUUCAAAUUUGACAAGAGAAACUCACCCUUGAGGCCAACACGAGGGUACUCUUUCAUCUCUACGUCUCAAAUAGGUGGUCUUGCACCUGAUAGUCGAACACUCCGGUUUUUGCGUCAGGAAGUCGAUCUCCGAUAUGCUGUUCCACUGGGGUUUUACCGUGCUGCUCUGAACUUUGGGGUAUCUGGCGGA